CCCAGCGCAGAUCACCAGUCCACGGAGCGCGAGUUAAUAUGUAGUAAAACUUUAUGUAAAAUAUCUGAUUUGGGUAAUGUGAUCUAAAUAGUAAUUGUAAUAUGAUAUAGGGAUAUACCAAAUAAUGACCCAUUGUAUAUAUAGCAAAAUGAAAUGUAAUCUAUCGAUAAUAAAUCAGAAUAUACAGUCCCUUCGAGUGUGAACGUUUGAUGAACCAGAAAGGCAGAAUAAACGAAAGAUUCUGCAACACAGUGGUCCUUCGAACCGGAUUGUAUGCUGGAUAGUUAAAGCGGAUUGUGGAAACGUUAGUUAGACUCGCACGGCAGUCGCCGCACGAAAGAAAAUUGUCACAAAGGUCAGACGACCUAGAUCGAACACAUGGAUGACCUAGCUAAGAAAAGACGCGUACGAGGUGGGCAAAGGUCGUCUACGAAGAAGCUUGUGGCAAAGAUAGUCGAAGCGAUCGCUAAGUUAAGCGAUGAGAGUCCAGAGAAAGACGUCGUGUGGCUGAAGCAGAGUCAAAGCUCCUUGAAGGAAAAGGUAAAAAUCUUAAGAGAACUUGACACGAAAAUCAUCGAUGCCCUGAGCGAGUCGAAAGAAGAAGCGGCGGAUGAAUUGAUGGCAAAGGAGAUAGAAGAAGCAGACGAGGUGAUCGCAGAACUUGAACGCCUUUUACUUGAAAUGGACAACGCGUUCGGUAAAUUAGAAUUGACAACGACAAAACCCGUGGCGAUCAAUGACAAUGAGAUUCUGAACGAAAGCCAAACAUCGGUUGAAAGCACGGGCAAAAUCAUAAGAGCAAAGUUACCAAAGUUACGGUUGAAAAACUUUGGGGGGAAAAUUUGCGAAUGGCCAGAGUUCUGGGACAGUUUUUCGAGUUCGAUCGACAACAAUGAUCAAUUGUCGGACGUAGACAAAUUUGCAUAUCUACGCGGAUACCUUGAAGGGCCGGCAAAAUCGACCAUCGCUGGUCUGUCAUUAACAGCAAGGAAUUAUCAGUGCGCGGUGGAUCUGCUUAAGAAACGAUUCGAGAAAAGAAGUGCAAUUCAACGCACACAUAUGAAUGACCUUAUUCAACUGCCUGCGGUUUUUAGAGAAAGGGACACUCAAAGGCUGCGGAAGUUAUAUGACAGCUGCGAAGCCCACAACCGCGCGUUGAAAUCCUUAGGCGUGGGAGAAGAAUCGUAUUCCACUAUUGUUGUACCGGCCAUAUUGGAGAAGAUGCCUGAACAAUUUCGGCUUAUGAUCACCCGAGGAACUGAUUUCAUUGAGUGGACGAUGCAAGAAAUGUUGGAUGCGUUUGAGAAGGAGUUAGAACUGCGAGAGGCGCACGAAGCGGUGGCGACUAAAACGGAACGGGAGUAUGAAAGAAAUCAAAGCAGGAAACCAACUGGGGGUCUAGAUAACUCGACAGCGGCGGCGUUGCUGGCUGGUCAAGAGAAAAAGAGUUGUGCAUUCUGUUUAAAGAACCACGCGCACGAAGAAUGUGAUGGAGUCAAGGAUCCAAAAACACGUAAGACCCUAGCUUUAAAGUAUGGUAGAUGUUUUCAAUGUUUAAUUAAGGGCCAUAGAGCCAGUAAUUGUAGUUCUAAAAUUAAGUGUCGAAAAUGCGACCGAAUGCAUCAUGUCGCCCUAUGUGAUGCGUCUCUGAAAGACGAAGAGACCUGUAAGAAUGAAGAAAUCCCAUCAACUAAGGUUAACAAUAAUGUAGCUAGCCCAUGUAAUAACUUGCUUGCCGGGACAGGUGGUCUGGUUGCCUUGCAAACUGCGCGCGGGGUAUUAAGGGGUGAGAGGGUGGCUAAGGUCCGGGUACUCUUUGAUGGGGGAAGUCAUCGCUCUUUCGUUACAUCGCAUGCAGCGAGUCUUGUUAAUCCACGGGGUUUAAGAAGGGAAUUUCUAGGCAUUAAUACGUUCGGUCAAAAGUGCACGAAGGCUGAACAAAGGGAAGUGGUCGAGCUUAAACUUCAGCCUGUUAAUGGGGAUAAGAUUAUCUCAAUAGAAGCAUAUGUGGUACCAGAAAUUUGCACUGUGCAGAAUAGUCACGUAGAAUUAGCUAGAAAGAAUUAUUCGCAUCUAGAGGGGGUAUGGUUCUCAGAUGUGGUGAAUUUUCAGGAAGAAUUAGAGGUAGACGUUUUGAUAGGGGCAGACUAUCUUUGGAAUUUCCAAACAGGUGAGACAAAGAAAGGUAAGACAGGGGAGCCCGUAGCUAUACAAACUGAGUUGGGAUGGGUGUUGUCAGGACCUCUUAGGGGAAGAGAGAUAGAAGGUGCUGGAGUGACUCAGGUGAACUUUGUGGGGCAGACAACGAAAUGGGACAGAGAUAGCUUAGAAAGUAAUGUGGAAAACUUUGGAGUUUGA